AUGAUGAAAACAGAGUCUUCAGGAGAAAGAUCAACCCUCCGAAGUGCCUCUCCUCACAGAAAUGCUUACAGAACUGAGUUCCAGGCGCUGAAAAGCACCUUUGACAAACCGAAAUCAGAUGGAGACCAAAAAGCGAAAGAGGAAGGAGAGGCCUCGCAGAGCAGGGGAAGGAAAUAUGGCUCAAAUGUCAAUAGGAUUAAGAACUUAUUUAUGCAGAUGGGCAUGGAGCCCACUGAAAGUGGUGGAGUUCCCCCUAAAACCAGGGGGAAGGGUGGCCCUCCGUCUCCUCAAAGGCGAAUUAGGCCCAAACAAUUUGUAGAAAAAGCGGAUGGUUCGAUUGUAAAAUUGGAAUCGUCCGUCUCAGAAAGGAUUAGUAGGUUUGAUACCAUCCACGAUGGCCGUUCCUAUUCCAAGUUUACUGAAACUCGGAAGAUGUUUGAGCGAAACGCUCACGAAAUGGGACAUUCACAUCGCUACUCCCCAAAGAAAGAGAAAGUUGCUUCCAAUGAGCUUCCGGACGAAUGGUGCAGCUCUAAGUCUCACAGAGGCAGCACUGAUUCACUGGACAGUCUUAGCCCACGGACAGAGACUGUCUCUCCAACUGUGAGUCAGCUCAGUGCAGUUUUUGAAAACACUGACUCACACAACGUAAUCCCUGUAGAAAAGUCGGAAAACAACGAAGAGUACUCGGUAACUGGCCACUAUCCACUAAAUCUCUCCUCUGCUGUCACCAGUAUCUCCUCCCCAGUUGCAAACCUUGAGGGUUUCAGCCCUUUGAAAGAGACCAGCACAUGGUCUCCCCCAGCCAAACAGAGUACUGGCGUGUUGUCUGUUGAGAACUCUCAACAGACUAGCGUGCCUUCGGCGCUGAGACAGAAGGUGUCCACGGGCACUUCUGCAAGUUCAAAAACAGCUGAAGAAAUAAAGAAGAGCACACGUGCUGAUUCUGUUGAGAGCUCUGCAGCAGGUAAACAGGAUUUGGUCAGUGUGCUUGACAGCGAAAGAUCUGUGGACACCUGUGCUAGGAGUAAGUCAAAAACAGAGCCAGGAGUUUUGUUGCAACAAAAGGAACGGUCAGAACGUACGGAAGGUGUCUUAGAUCGGCCUGAAGCUGCAGAAUUAACAAGAAAUGUAGCUUCAGGUGGUGAUUUUGCCACAGAUGCUGUUUCAGAUGUUACUGAGUCCCAUUAUGAUGAGGCAAGUGAAAAGGAUGUGCAUGAAGAUGUGAAUAAUUUUCAGAGUUCCCAUGUGUACAUGCACUCUGACUACAAUGUGUAUCGGGUACGAUCCAGAUAUAAUUCUGACUGGGGGGAGACAGGUACAGAACAGGAUGAUCUGGAUGACAGUGAUGAAAAUAACUGUUAUGAACCUGAUAUGGAAUAUUCUGAAAUUAACGGAUUGCCAGAUGAAGACGAAAUCCCAGCCAACAGAAAAAUACAGUUUAGCCGGGCUCCAAUUAAGGUUUUCAAUACAUAUUCUAAUGAAGACUAUGACAGGAGAAAUGAUGAAGUUGACCCUGUGGCCGCAUCAGCUGAGUAUGAACUCGAAAAGCGUGUGGAAAAGCUGGAGCUCUUCCCAGUUGAACUAGAAAAAGAUGAAGAUGGACUUGGCAUAAGCAUUAUUGGAAUGGGAGUUGGAGCAGAUGCAGGCCUUGAAAAACUGGGAAUAUUUGUCAAAACAGUAACAGAAGGUGGGACAGCAGAAAGAGAUGGCAGGAUCCAAGUGAAUGACCAAAUUGUGGAAGUUGAUGGCAUCAGUCUGGUUGGUGUUACGCAAAAUUUUGCUGCAACUGUUCUUAGAAACACCAAAGAGAAAGUCAGGUUUGUAAUUGGACGGGAAAAACCAGGACAAGUGAGUGAGGUUGCGCAGCUGAUUAGCCAAACUCUAGAACAAGAACGCCGCCAGAGAGAGCUGCUGGAGCAGCAUUAUGCACAGUAUGAUGCAGAUGAUGAUGAGACAGGGGAAUAUGCUACAGAUGAAGAAGAUGAAGACAUGGGACCUGUCCUUCCAGGAGGUGACAUGGCCAUUGAAGUCUUUGAUCUCCCUGAAAAUGAUGACAUGUUCUCCCCCAGUGAUGUGGACACCAGCAAACUUGCUCACAAAUUCAAAGAGUUGCAAAUCAAACACGCAGUUACAGAAGCUGAAAUUCAGAAGCUGAAGACGAAGCUGCAGGCUGCUGAGAAUGAGAAGGUGAGGUGGGAAUUGGAGAAGACCCAACUCCAGCAGAACAUUGAGGAGAAUAAGGAAAGGAUGAUGAAAUUAGAGAGUUAUUGGAUUGAGGCACAAACCCUGUGUCACACGGUGAAUGAGCACCUCAAGGAGACGCAAAACCAGUAUCAGGCUCUGGAGAAGAAGUAUAACAAGGCAAAGAAAUUAAUCAAGGAUUUUCAGCAAAAAGAACUUGACUUCAUCAAACGUCAGGAAGCUGAAAGAAAGAAAAUAGAAGAUUUGGAAAAAGCACACCUUGUAGAGGUUCAAGGCUUACAAGCUCGUAUACAAGAUUUGGAAGCAGAAGUUUUCAGGCUAAUGAAGCAAAAUGGGAGCCAGGUUAACAAUAACAACAACAUUUUUGAAAGGCAGACAUCUUUUGGAGAAGUUUCUAGAGGAGAUCCAGUGGAAAAUCUAGAUACUAAGCAAGUGACCUGCCUGGAUGGCUUAAGUCAAGAUUUCAAUGAAGCAGUGCCAGAAACGGAGAGACUGGACUCCAAAGCUCUGAAGACUCGAGCUCAGCUCUCAGUGAAGAACAAGCGGCAGAGACCUUCCAGAACAAGGCUGUAUGAUAGCAUCAGUUCAACUGAUGGAGAGGACAGCCUUGAACGAAAGAAUUUUACAUUCAAUGAUGAUUUCAGUCCCAGCAGCACAAGUUCAGCUGAUUUGAGUGGUUUAGGAGCAGAACCUAAAACCCCAGGCUUCUCACACUCCUUAGCACUGUCAUCAGACGAGAGCCUGGAUAUGAUUGAUGAUGAGAUCCUUGAUGAUGGGCAGUCUCCUAAGCACAGUCAGUAUCAGAGUCGUGCUGUUCAUGAGUGGAGUGUGCAGCAGGUUUCCCACUGGCUGAUGAGCCUGAACCUUGAACAGUAUGUGUCUGAAUUCAGUGCCCAGAACAUUAAUGGGGAGCAUCUCCUUCAGCUGGAUGGGAGUAAGCUCAAGGCUCUUGGUAUGACAUCUUCCCAGGACAGAGCAAUCAUUAAAAAAAAGCUAAAGGAAAUGAAAGCAUCCUUGGAGAAGGCUCGCAAAGCUCAAGAGAAAAUGGAAAAGCAAAGGGAAAAGCUUCGGAAGAAGGAACAAGAGCAACUGCAGAGGAGAUCGAAGAAAACAGACAAGUGUUCAUCAGAUGCAACAGAGGGCACUAAUGAGCAGUGA